AUGAGAUAUUUCGAAACAAAUGAUGGAAAAACGAUAAUAAUAGAAAAUGAUAUUCAAUAUGGUUUUUCUCAAGUAAAUUUUUGUCCGAUGAGUAAGAUUGAAAUUUAUCCAUUGACGAUGAAAAGAUUUAAUUUAGUUAUUUAUUUGGAGGAGACGUCGAAUUCGACGUCUGAUUCGUGGGUACAAUUUUCGGCGAUGAUAGUUGGAUGGGAUGGAAUAGUUUACAAAAGAUUAGUUUUAAAUACCACACUAGAUUUUAAUUCUCCACCAAAUAUUUCAAUAAAUGGAACUGGAACUUUUUCAUUACCCAAUACUUUAUCACUUAAUACAACGACACCAGCAGCAUUUGUGGCGUUUUUAAUAAAAGACAAUAAUGAAUUUAAUUAUCCAUUUCCAAUUUAUCAAACCACAACAACUUUAUCAUUAUUAGAAAUAAAUGAUUGUGGAAUAGAAUCAUUUGAAGGAUCAGUUGAUGAAUUACAACCGAAUAUUACAAGAUUUUUAUUAAGAAUAUUUACAAAUAUUGGAAUUAUAGGUCAAAUUUUUGAUUCUAAAGAUAAUUUUAAUUCGGAAUGGGAUAUACCAAUAAAUUUUACUAUUGCUAAUUUAACUACCAACGCGAUUUCGAAUACGACUGAAAAUUCAAAUUCAGGGGGAUUUGGAAUAUUUAUAAAUAAUACUGUAUUUUUGGUUCAGAGUAAUGAGAAUAAUGAGAAUGGUUCAGUUUGGUCAAUUAUUUCGACUGAUUUACCGAAAGUUUUUGAUGAAUUUGUUUCAUUAGGAAUAAAUAAUCUUGAAUUAAGAAUAACAGUCUUGGAGAGUACAUUUAAUCAACCAUCUAGUAAAUAUUAUAUAACAUUUGAUGAUAAUUUUGUUAGAUCAAAAUUAACUAACAACGCAAUUGUUGGAGUUUCACCUAGAUUUUGGAUAUUGAAUACACCUGAGUCUAAUGAUACAUUUACUGAUACCACAAUAACCGGAUUUAUUCGUCUUUCCGAAUCGAGAACUUCACUUUUUACUAAUCUUUCUAAAUCAGAUCAAACAUUAUUCGUUGAUCAAUUAAUUUCACAAAUUUCCAUGAUCCUUCCCAUUUCUUUAACUCGUAUAUUUGGUUCUACUAAAUUUCGAUUUGAAACAAAAGUUACCACUAAACAAUUACUUUUACCUAUAACCAUAUCAUCAACAUCAACGAUUGAAAAUGUUACAUCCGAAAGAAGUGUUAUAAAUGUUGCAAAGAAUUUAGAUACAUUAAUUAGGAAUAAACGAAUUACGGCUUUAAGCUUUUUGGAUAAAUUGGAAGAUGUUGAUGAAGGAUUUGGGUAUAGAUGGGAAGUAAAAGAGAAAAUCAAUUAUAAACUAGCAACAGUGGGUAUAGCAUUAUCUAUAUUAGCAAUUUCUAUUAUUUUGUUUUUCAUGACUAGAAAAGAUUCAGAAGAGUUAUGGGAAUCAUAUUUUUCUUCACCAAUUAGUACUAUAUUGAAAUUGGGUGGAAUUGAAAUUCUUGAUGUUGGAUGUGGUUCAGCAGUUUGGUUAAUGGAAAUGUCAACAAUUUAUCCUCAUUCAAAAUUUACUGGCAUAGAUAAAAUCAAACAUCAUUCGAUGCCAUCUAAUAUAAAAUUCGUUCAAUCUGAUAUAACCGAUAUAAAUAAUAGAUUCCCAUUUAAUGAAAAAAUUUUUGAUUUCAUUCAUAUUUCAAGUUUCUUCAUAACUUUGCCAGAAAAAUCUUGCAAUAUAACAAUAUUUCCGGAAUUAUUUAGAAUUUUAAAACCUGGUGGAUGGUUAGAAGUUUGUGAAUAUGAUGGAAAUUUAUUACCUAAUUUUGGUCCAAUUACUAAAUAUUUUGUGGAUUUAUUGUUUAGCAGUUUAUCAAAUCAAGGGAUUAGUAUUGUUUCUACAGGAGAAUUGCUCAUCAAUCUUUUUGAAGAAAACAAUUUUAAAUUUUAUUGUGAUUAUAAAAUAGUAAAACGUGACGAAAUAGAUUUGGCCAAAGCAGCUUUUAAAAAUACUUUUAUUUCUUUUAAACAUAUUUUAAUAGAAUUUACUCCUUUUUCUUCUCAAGAAUAUUUUGAUUUACUAGAUGAAGUUGAUAAAGAAUUUUUUGAAUAUGAUAGUUCCCUUCAGAUGGUCAGAAUUUAUGGUCAAAAGCCAAUGAAAUUUAUGGAAGUAUUUUAA